CGCCCCCCAACGGGUAGCAAGUUUCUGCUGUAUCACCUACAAACUGGACACUCUGGACAAUUUUACACAUCAAAAUUUCCUGACCACACUGCCCUUUACCCACAAUGGCCUCCUCCUCCUCAUCAGUUGGAGAUAAUCAACUGCAGAGGAUAAUCAGAGAUCUGCAUGAUGCUGUGUUAGAGUUGAGUAAAGAACACAAGGAGUGCGGUGAACCCGUAACUGAUGACAGCGGCAACCUGCACAAGUUCUUCUAUAAACUAGAAUACCUGCUGCAGUUUGACCAGAAAGAGAAGACAACCUUUCUUGGUCAGAGGAAAGACUACUGGGAUUACUUCUGCGACUGCCUGAUUAAGAUCAAGGGAGCUAACGAUGGCAUCCGUUUUGUAAAGUCCAUCCCCGAGUUGAAGACAUCACUGGGGAAAGGAAGGGCCUUCAUCCGCUACUCACUCGUUCACCAGCGUCUUGCUGACACACUGCAGCAGUGUCUUAUAAACCAGAAGGUCACAAGUGACUGGUAUUAUGCUCGGAGUCCCUUUCUCAAGUCUCACCUCACUGCUGACAUAAUCAACCAUCUUUAUGAGCUCAACCAGAUCCAAUUUGACGUGGCAGCCAGAGGUUAUGACCUUGAUGCAGAUUGGCCAACAUUUGCGAGGCGAACAUUAGGCACUGCCUCGUCAGCUUUCCUGUGGAGGCCUCCCAGUCGCUGUUCCAGCAUCAACAGUCUCGUUAGCAGCUACGCACACUCACAGGCGCAGGAGUUCCUCCCAAUCCCAGACCACAGUCUUCUUGGUGAACUGGGUGAACUGGGGGAACCCUCUCCUUGCAGCAUCGCAGAAAACCUGCGCAUUGAGCUCGACCAGUCUGAGCUCAGACAGCAAGAGCUUCUGGUGCGGGUUCAGGAGUUGGACAAAGAGGCUGCUGAGCUAAAAGGUGUGAUUAAAGACCUUCAAGGCCAAUUAGUUCAGAAGUCCACAGCAGCCCAAGGUAACCAAGAAACAGUUAACCACCUUCAGACCUGUAGGGAACCAGUAAACAGUGAAAUUCAAGAUAGACUUACAGCUGCUGAGAACAAAAAUAUGGAGCUUCUCUCAAAGUUGGAUGAGGCUCUUAAAGAAAAGGGACAACAAACCACUAGCUACUGUGACUCGGCCUGGAAAAUCCAGGAACUCCUGGAUAAACUCAAGACAGCAGAGGAAGAAAGACUGGAGGCAAAGAGGGAGGCUGAGGAUAGGGCCAGGCACUCUGAGCGCCUGUCCCAGGAACUUAAACUCAGGGAAGAAGAGCUGAGGAACAGUGAGGAGAAGCUGGCUGAAGUAAAAGCCGGUGCUCAAGAUGAACACGUAGAGGCACUCAGACGCCUGGAGGAGCUCCAAAGUGCAGUUGGUCGAAUUCAGGGGGCGCUGAGUUUGAAAGAGAAGGAGACAGGGAACUUGAGAGCCCAGCUUCAGGAUCUACAAGCAUCACUGGAGUGCAGAGAACGGCAGGCUGAGGAUCUGAGAAGGCGACUGCAAGAGGAGAGGGAAGAGGUGGAGCAGAGAUGUAGCAUGAGCAGUAGCCAGAAUGAGGAACUCGAGACCGAGCUCCUGGAUCUAAGUAAAGCUCUAAAAAACAGAGAGAAGGAGAUUGCUGUUAGUUCAGAGAGAAUCAAGCAUUUAGAGGAGCAGUUGGAGAAGCUAAAUGUUGAGAAAGAAAGUCUGAGCUCUAGACUUGCUGAUAAUGAAGCGGUUUCAUGUGAGAACCUUGAGGACUACAGAGCCCAAUGCGGCAGUCUCAUGGAAAUGAAUGCUAAGUUACUCCAAACAGUUGAAAAAACUGAGGGGAGCAUUAUAGAGCUGACUGAGAGCAGGGCAGCCUUGUUAGACCAGCUAGCCUCCUUGAGGGCUUCUGAGAAGCACUUAAAGGGCCAAGUUGAGGCUGCAAAUAUGUGUGUGGAAGAUCGGGAAAAGAAACUUCUUGAUGAAAACCUGCAUCUGGAGGAGAUUGCCCAGAAGGCACUCGUCCAGAAGGAAGUUUCUGACGCUAAAUUAAAGAAGCUAGAGCUUGAGAACAGGGAGCUUCUUGAGGUCCAGUCCUUGUUGAAGAAGCAGUUAGCAACAGCUCAACAGGAACUGGACUCACUCACUGCCAAAGCUACAAAGUUGGACAAGAACCUCACAGUGUCCCAAAGAAGCCAAGCAGAGUUACUUGAAAAACUCCAGGAAACUGAGGCUAAACUCAGAGACCAGACUGCCGAAUGUGGGCGUCUGCAAGCCAGGGCAGAGGAGCUGGAGAGCAGGACUGGGGAGCUGCACGAUGAAAAGGGCGCUGCAGAGAGCAAUGAAAAAAUGCAGAAGCUUCACAAUGAGCAUCAGACAUCUUCAAUGGAAACCAAAGAGGCCCCGUUCAGGCUAGUAAUAGCUGAGGCUCAACUGGAGCUCAACCUAAGGGAGGUGCACCGGCUCCAGGAAGAGGUGGUCGAGCUCAGGGCUCAGCUUCUAGCAGGAACUGAGGAAAGGAUGAAAGUUCAGGCACUGCAGGAGGUGACUGAGUCCUCCAGAGAGGACCUGCGUGUCUUAGCAGAACAACUCAAAGCCCAGGUAGAGGAGCUAAACCGCCGGCAUGUGGAUGAGAUUCUCCGAUCUCGGGAGCGAGAGGAGGCUAUUAUCCGGGAGCGUGACGGCGAGGCUCUGGCUCGAGCAGGUCUCGCUGCAGAGGUGACGGCCUCCAGAGAAGAGCUCAAUAAACUGAAGCAGCGUUACGAAGCCUUGUGUCUGGAGAACAGCGAAGCCAAGGAGGCGCUCCACAGAGCCAACACAGAAACAGCUGAACUCGGCGUGCACGUGUGUAUGCUAACUGCCGAGAACGAAGAGGCUCGCCUUCGCUGGGAGGGCUUGUCAACACGGCUGCAAGAGCUGGAUGAGGAGGCAGCUCAGGAGGCUGAGAGGCUGAACACCUGCAUGGAGCAGCUGACACAGGAGAACCAGCGACUCCUCGAUCAGCUCCGUGACGAGGAGGGUUCGUUGGCAACCCAGCAGGAGCUGCAGGAAAAGCUGAGUAAGGCCCAACAGGAGGCCGAAGCUUUGCAGCAGAUGGGUCAGGAGGAGAUCCAGGCACUCCGGUUCCAGCUCAGCAGCCAAGCCAUGAGCCAAGGCGGCCAGCUCCAGACUUUGGAUCAAGAGUUACAGGAAGUGAAAUUACAGCUGACGGCUGAGCAGGAGAAAGUGGCCGACCUGGAGAACAAAUUCAAACAGCUAGAGGCUGAGAAUCAGAGAUAUUGCCAACAGAUUGAGGAGAAAAACAUCCAGAUGGCCGAUUCUGAAAAUCUCAUCCAGCAGAAAGAAGACGAGAUAAUCCAUCUGAAAAGGAAUUUAUCAAGGUCUGAGGACGGUCUGGCAGCGGCUCAGCGAACCUGUCAGGAGAUGAGUGAAAAUCUACGGAGAGUCACGCAGGACAAACAGAGCUUUGAUCUUAAGGCGGCUGCUGAACUCGACGAUCUUUACCGCACCAAAAUCAAUUUGGAAGAACGGCUUGUAGAACUCAUCAGGGAGAAAGAUGCACUGUGGCAGAAAACAGAUGCCCUGGAGUUUGAGCAGAAACUACGAGAUGAGGAGACGGAGAGGGACGUCAACUACUGUCUGGGCUGUCACAGUCAGUUCAGCUGGUGGAUCCGCAAGUACAACUGCAGACUGUGUGGGCGUCCCUUCUGCUACUACUGCUGCAGUAACACAGUCAGCACCCAGCAGGGCGGCCACAGAGAGCGCUGCUGCAGAGACUGUUACAACCAGCACAGUGCAGUGGUUGAGCGCCACCCACAGGAGGAAGUGACUAACAGCACACCGGGGACACCUUUCAGUCGUUUGCUGCAGGCUGGGAGAGCUGUGGCAGGUGUUCCAGGAGCAGAUGAAGGUGAGAAGCUGGACGAUGGUGUUUUUGACAUCAUCACAGACGAAGAGGUGAGCGGGGUCUACGACAGUGACUCUCUCUCCUUUGCCACUGCAUGCUCUCCUGGACAUGGACAGCAGGGGGCAGCACAACUAAACAGCAGUGCCAGUGCAGGAGACCUCACAUCAGAGGACACCGAGGACCUCAGUGCUGCGGUGCAGGAUGCAGAGAUCUGCCUGCUGAAGUCUGGAGAUCUCACGCUUUCUGUCCACUUCACAGUGGAUGACAUCUCAGGGUUUGGGGACAGCUCCCGAGAGCUCUUCAUCAAGUCCAGCUGCUACAGCACCAUCCCCAUCACCGUGAGCGGGCCUGGUCCCACUGUCUCCUGGACGUUCACCUCUGAACCGAAGAGCAUCUCCUUCAGUGUGGUUUACAGGGAGAGUGCAGAGACUCCACUGGAACAGGCCAAGGUCUUGAUCCCUCUGACUCGCUGUAACUCCCACAAAGAGACAAUCCAGGGGGAACUGAAAGUCAGAAACGCUGGAGAAUACACACUCGUCUUUGACAACUCUUUCUCCAGGUUCAUCUCAAAGAAAGUGCUGUAUCAUCUGAGUUUAGACAAGCCUGUGGUCUACGAUGGAACUGACCUCCUCUGAACCUGACAGGAAGAGAAGCAGAUGUGAGACUGACUUAUGAAACACAUUCAGGGUGUUUAAG